AAACUGAAGAACAAGAAUUAAUACAAGCCAUUGAUUCAGAAAGUUGGUGUGGUAAUGGUGUUGCUCCAAAUCCUGAAAUGAAAAGACGCACACAACACUAUGGCUAUGUAUUUAGUUAUAGAUAUAGGAAAAUAAUGCAAAAUUUAGGACCAUUACCAACCUUUACCGAUUUCAUCGUCAAACGAUUUAAACAACAAAAAAUAAUUGAUUUCGAAGAUGAACCAAAUACAUGUAUUAUUAAUGAAUAUGAAGCUGGGCAAGGAAUAAUGCCACACACUGACGCUGCGGCUACAUUUGGGCCGAUAAUUUUGGGCCUUUCAUUAUUAUCUUCAUGUUUGAUGAAGUUUACACAUUCUAAUUAUUCUGAAAAACAAUUUUUAAUAGUAUUACCGCCAAGAUCUUUGUUAAUCAUGACAAAAUCUUCAAGAUAUGAUUACAAGCAUUCCAUAUCAAAAGACAUUAUAGAAUGGUUUGAAGAUGAAAAUGGAGAGAAACAAGAAAUUAUUCGAAGCCGAAGA